AUGGCUGGCUUUACCAUCAUGAACCCAUACCAACAAACUCUGAGAGCCAAGUUGGACUGCGGUGCCUUGUGUGUGGGAAGCAUGACGUCCGCGUCAUCGGCCCUAGGACUCUUUGGUUCUCCACUUGUAGGAGCUCUCUCUGAUCACCUAGGAAGGAGAUUCGCCCUUGCUCUUGGCGCACUGGCCAGCGCAGUGAGUAUGAUGAUUCUUGCCUUUGCUUCCUCCUUGUUCGAACUGUGGCUGUCGCUGAUCCCCGCGGCUCUUCUUGCUCAUAACUUUACCAUCGCCAAGGCUGUCGUUGCUGAUCUUGUACCUCCUGGGGAGCGAGCUGGUGUGCUGGGGAAGCUGGGCCUCGCAGCAGGCUUCGGGUUCAUGGUUGGGCCGAUCACAGGCAAGAAGACGCCUUGGGAGUCUGUCUUCUUCACCGUGUACGACUCGGUGAAGGAGGUGUUUGUGCUCGCCUUUGCCGCGCCAGCAUGCGCUCGGGUGAUCCUGUUCCUUCGCUUUGGGCUCUCGAUGGGGUUCCACAUCUUCUUCACCCUGUUGACGACGCUGCUGAAGGAGAGGUUUCACUUCCAGCCCAAGGACUACUCUAACUACUUCGCUUUCAUCGGGGCCAUGUACGCGAUCUCGCAGCUGCUGUCGCGGACCAUCAUCAAUCGGUUCGACAAGGACCAGACCAAGCUCGUCGUCUUCUGCGUGCUGCUACUAGGAGGUGGCAGGUACGUGACUGCGCAGACUCACAACCCUGCUGUUCUCUAUGGCGCGCUCUCCUUGACGGUCGUGGCACUGGGGAUCGUCAACACCAGCAUCUCGGCAACUGUGACGAGGAUCAGCUCGUCCAACAACGUAGGCGGCUUGAUGGGCGUGCUCGAUACGGCUGAGAAGCUGGCGGGUGUGAUUGGGCCGUCGAUAGGAGGAGCGCUGUAUGCUUACCACCCCUUCUCUCCUGUUGUGGUGGUUGUGGCCGUUUACAGCUUGCUGGCCGCUAUGGUUUUCUAUCUUUACCCGCUAUACGUGGUACCUGCGACGGAUCAAGACAAGGAGGAGAAGAAGAAAGAGGAGUGA